UUGAUCUUACACUGCUUAAAAUACAUUUUGUGGGUCCAAGAAUAUAGAUUAUAUGUUCAGAACAAUUGGUGCACUAUAGUGUAUCUCGUCGGUGAUACAGGGAAUGACAUAAGCAUGGCAAACAGUUUGUUUCCUUGCUUUGAUUAAGAAUCCAAACUCAAAUGUAAAUUUCCUUAGUAAGAUAAGUUUUAACGUCGAUAUAUCAGUUUAUAUCACGUCUGUGAUAAGAUAACUGCAACAGCAUUUCUCCGCGAUUUGGCGGGAAUAUUUUGAUGAAAACAACACGUUCCCGAUAAUGAGUAUAAAAGAAACAGGAAAUAUUGCGUGUCCGAACAAUCUCUCAAAAUAUAAAAGCAAUCUUCACAAUCAUGUUAACGUAAACGUAUACAUGUAACAUUUAGUAUAAAAAGCGUUCAGUCCAAGGAAUGUUCAAAGAAUGCCACAAAGAGUCAUCAUGAGGCACACCUUGUUUCUUCUCGGUAAUGUUAUUAUCGAAUAAAAGUUACUUUCAUGACACUUAGUAGAAUUAAUACUGAUUUACAGGAGUCCUAUGCUGUUUCGGAAUUGGAUAUUCACUUUCAUGGGUGGAUAAAAUGAUAUUUUAUCAGGACUGCGAGAUCUUCCAGAAACCGGACCUUUAUGGUGGCCAAAUCUGUGGCAGCGACGGCAACACUUAUGCCAAUAGCGUGUACCUGGAUUGCGUGAACUAUAGAACCUUCCGUAAUGUGGCAACAAUGCAUUCUGGGCCAUGCAUGCACGCUGACGAAUACUGUAAGGCGAAUCUGUACUAUAAACCAGUGUGCGGAUCGGACGGUAACACUUACACGAAUUUGGAAUCACUUUUGUGCGUUAAUUACAAGCGUUCACAGAGAGUCCUAUGCUGUUUCGGAAUUGGAUAUUCACUUUCAUGGGUGGAUAAAAUGAUAUUUUAUCAGGACUGCGAGAUCUUCCAGAAACCGGACCUUUAUGGUGGCCAAAUCUGUGGCAGCGACGGCAACACUUAUGCCAAUAGCGUGUACCUGGAUUGCGUGAACUAUAGAACCUUCCGUAAUGUGGCAACAAUGCAUUCUGGGCCAUGCAUGCACGCUGACGAAUACUGUAAGGCGAAUCUGUACUAUAAACCAGUGUGCGGAUCGGACGGUAACACUUACACGAAUUUGGAAUCACUUUUGUGCGUUAAUUACAAGCGUUCACAGAAUGUCACGGUUUCGUCCGAGAAUGCCUGCGAGAAUUUGGAUCACUGUUACAGACACGGGAUGGCCUUUUACGGGAACAAUCCCGUUUGCGGCAGCAACGGAUUGACCUAUCAGAACGCGGCGCAGCUCAAGUGUUUGCAACGGCAUAACAGUGACUUGAGGAUUCUGCACGACGGAGGUUGUACCACAUGGGACGUUUACAAAGUUUAUGGAAACAGCGAUAAAGUCUGUGAAAUUGCCAAGACCAGGUACGAAUGGAAUCCUGUAUGCGCCUCCGAUGGACAGACGUACUCCAACCCAUUCGAAUUCCUGUGCUACAUAGCUGAUAUGAAGCGGUUGGUAUCCGAUGACGAGUGUGGUACGAGAACACAGCAAUCUUGUGCUCAGCUCGAGCUCGAUACGACCUCAGAGAACAGCACGGCCUUCACCCCGGAGGACGAGGUUUGCGGAAGCGAUGGCGUCACCUACCAAAGUACUCAUCACCUGCAAUGCUACACCAGACGAAACAAAUAUCUAGUCGAGAGACAUUCUGGACCGUGCUCCGGACCUGACGACAAUCCCUGCGGCUCUAUACCGGAAGAGAACCUUCGUUUCCCUGUAUGCGGAAGCGACAACUACUCUUACGUCAGUCCUGAAGCCCUCUGGUGCGCGCAACUCAGGUUCCCAGAGAAACAUCUGACAUUCGUCCACGACGGUCCUUGCUAGGGGACAGCCGCGUUCUCGCCAUGAUUAAUUCACGUUUUUGAGCAACGUUCAGUUUACGUCACCGAGGAUGAAUGACUUCGGUUCUUCCUUGAAAAUAUUACGUUUUUCUCCUAUUCUUCCCACGAACAUCUGAAACGAAUGUGUAAACAUAAUUUCUAUUCGUUGAAACGGAUCACGUAUUGUACUUACUUUAUUCAGUUGACGUCACUCGCCACGUGGAUACUGCCAUUUUUAUUUCUUCAUCGGUGUCUUUUUUAUCUCCUUUCGUGAUGAACAGCGGGACACCAAAACGUUGUUUUCUUCGUUUACCUCGCGGCCAUGAAUCUGAA